GUUCAACUUCUGUGUUAAUUGUUGCGCACUAGAAACGAAAACGUCUUUUGGUCGGUCAAUUGUAGGAGAAAUUAGCAAGCAAACAGUUUUGUUCACAUUUUACACGAACAGUCGGACACACAAUAUUUACUGGCAUUGGUUAUGGAUAUGGAUCCAGGCGAAGGUACUUCGGAUGGUCGUAUAAGGCGUAAAGCAAACAACAACGAAAUGAAAAUCAAACAAGAGCCAAACAUCAAGGAAGAACCGUCGGAUGGCAGUGCAUUUGUUUGGGUUACACGUUCAGAUGCAAGAUUCACAGAGCAUGCAGAAACUGCGACAUUGAAAUUCGAAUCGGUGGAUGAAUCUGCUCCAGAUUUUGUUCUCGACUUUGAUUCGAAUGUUGUAAAAGAGGAAGUGAAGUGUGACGAAGAGAAGCCAGAUAAAGGAAAAGAUUUAUCAGCAGAUUCAGGCUCGAAUGGAAAUGAUUCGAAUGCUCGUGGCGGUCGAGGUGGUGAACCAAUGGUCGAACCAAACGUCACUUGCAAGAGACUCAACCCAAUUGGCAAAGGGAAAAAGCGUGAAGGAUCAAAAAAGCAAAACAAACGGAAGAUACCGAGGAAUAAGGUGGCGAAGAAACGAACGGAGCAAAAGUGUCAUGUGUGCGGUUAUGUUACAUUGCACAAAGGGAAUCUCACCAAACAUAUUCGUAUUCACACAGGCGAAAGGCCAUACAAAUGUAAUGAAUGUUCGAAAAGCUUCGCACAAAAAAGUGACUUGAUUCGGCACAAGAAAAUCCACAGCGGAGAAAAACGAUUCGAAUGCUCCGUUUGUUCCAAAUCAUUUGCACGGAAACGCCAUUUGAAUGUUCACUUGCGAACUCAUGUCGACGAUCUUCCCCUUUCUUGUUUGAAAUGUGGUCAACGAUUUGCUGAAGAAGAGGUCAAACAAUCGCAUGAAAAUCGAUGCAAACAUCGUCGAUACGAAUGUUAUCUCUGCGAAUACAAAUGUUUUGCCAAAACUCACCUGAAACACCACAUGCAAGCAAAACACACCGGCGACCAUCGAUACGAAUGUGAAAUAUGUGGAAAGAUAUUCAACCAGAAUGGUAGCUUCAAUAGACAUUUGGCCGUUCAUCGUGAUCAAUUCCCAUUCAAAUGCAACAAGUGUCGCCGAGGAUUAACAAGACAAGAGGACAAAGCGGCACAUGAGAAGAUCUGUCGUUAUCGCCUGAAUCAGUGUCACAUUUGCAAUGUUUUCAAGCUAAAUACAACCAAUCUACGAUAUCACAUGCGAGUGAAUCACACGGGGGAGAAGCCGUUCCAUUGCAAUUGGUGCGCCAAGUCUUUUGUUCAAAAACGCGAUGCUGAAAAGCACACGAGGCGUAUUCACCAUUCUAAAAUAUAA